AUGACAGUCAUGAAAAUUAUAAUUUUCUUGACUAUCACCUGUGCAGAAGAAAAGUGGGCAAAUACCGGAAAUGCAGCUGAGCGGGGGAGAGCUGAGGAUCACAACUUUAUCAGGAGUCGCCCUGCGGAGAUGUUGGGAAGCGUGAAAUCCCAAAGAGCGAGGAUUGGUUUCAAAAAUACAUUUGAUGCUCGAGCUUAUGUGGACGAAGUGAACCAGAGGUACAAGCCGGUUACUGUUUUUCAACAAGCAGGACUUCACGGCAUCUUUCAAUCAGAUCUGGUUCAGGGCAAGACCCUUUUGGAAGUGGGCUGCGGUCCGACGCUCUGGCCUUCGUUCCUUUCUUCGAGGCGCUUCAGCGACAUCGUGCUGAACGACCUCAUGGAAGGCAACAGGCUGGAACUCGAGAAGUGGCUCGAGAAGAGUAAAGAUGCCAUCGACUGGACCUCACGUGCCGAGGAAGUCGCUGCUUUGGAGGGCUACAGCGACACCAAGAAGGGGGCGCUGGAAAUACUGGAGCGCACACGAUCCUCGAUCCGCAAGGUGGUUCACGGCGAUGUCCUGAAACCCGGAGUGCUCCCACAGGAACACGAGGAAGCCUUCGACGUCGUACUUUCCUGCAACUGCAUCGAGAGUGCCAUAGCAGACCACGAAUCUUUCCGGUGCGCGAUCAGCAACGUAGGGUCCCUCGUCAAACCUGGCGGUCUACUCGUUCUUACUGGUAUGGGUGGCGUAGAAAAAUUCACCCUAGGAGACGCUGAAUUCACCGUGCCGAAACUCACCGACGACGUGGUCAAAGGAGCGGUGGCAGAUGCUGGCUUUAAAGUGAAUGUAUACCGCACGGAAAACAUGGGCGCCAUGGGACAACCUGAGCUAUUUGCGUUUGUCCUGGCGGCCCGCAAAGAUUUUAAAGGGGAUCUCUAACGAUACUUGAGCGUCUGCACUCUUUGUUAUUACCUCAGUAGUAGGUCGGGCUACCCAGGGAACAAGGAGUAGCCACAAACUAUUGGCACGUCAUAUUUUAA